AAGUCACUUCUCUGCCUAGAACCUGUUACACACACCUAUAAUAAACACGAAAUGCAACAGUAUUGCUGUAAUUAACUGUUAUGGGUUUUACGCGAACAUAAAGCAUAGCUGGUGGAUUGGUACUCAACGUUUCUGAGACAAAUGUGAUGUGUUAGUUCAGGAACACAUGUAAUCCACAACAUUAAUGUUUGUUUCGUUACAGUGUUACGCAUUUCAUACAAAAUACUGAAAAUAGGGAUUAUCAAAGGAGUUGAGCAUGGCGGCAAAUCAGAUGUUCUACAGACCGACUGUGGGACCGAGUUGCAGCGAGGGGGUGGCCGGAAGUUUCGGGGAGCGACCGCGGUGUCUGAAGUGUGGGGACCGCUGUCCAGGCCUUGAUAUGCACUACUGGAGAAAAAUUUGCAAGCACUGUCGCUGUGGACCAGAGGACCAUGACCUUACAGACGAGGACGACCGUCAGUUGUCAAGGAAACCACGUGACCCACGCGAGCUGUCGACAAGAAUACACAAGCUAAAUAUAGACGACCCUGCCGUACAGUCAGAAAUUGUAACGCCCGAAAACGAUCUCGUUAUCCACAGAAUAGUCUCAGAAAACCUUCGUUCCCAGCAGUACGUCUCUAUGCUUCCAAAAGACAAGCAGCUGUUCGCGGCUCAACUGCGCAGACGCCAGCUGCAGCGCCAACUUCCGCUACACGACCUGCACGCGCGCUUCUGCGACAGUCUUACGGAGAAGGAAGGGCACAAGUUCCAGAAGUUCGCGGAGAAACGGCGGAACAAGGCGGCCGGUAUCGGCACCGUUGGGGCCGUCCCGGAAAAACCUCCAACUCGGUGUCAUCGAUGCGACCUCACAAUUGACCCAAAGUCGUUUGCGAUGCUGACGUCACGACUGGGCGGAACUGCGUGUUUCCAUACGGGCUGUUUCACGUGCGCCACGUGCCGUGAGCUCCUAGUGGACAACAUAUAUUUCUGUCGCGGUGGUGACAUUUAUUGUGGCCGCCAUUACGCCGAGCUUAUUUACCCGAGGUGUUCAGCUUGUGAUGAGAUCAUAUUCUCGCGCGAGUACACACAGGCGGAGAACCAGUCUUGGCACGUGCAGCACUUCUGUUGCUGGUACUGCGACACACCCCUGGCGGGCCUCCGAUACAUCGCCCAACAGAACAACCCAUACUGUGUUCAGUGCUUCGAUAGGCUGUAUAGCAAGGUGUGUGCCACGUGCGGGCGGACGAUCACAGCCGACUCCCCGGGACUGUCACACGGCCCCAACCACUGGCACGCCUGCCCUCACUGCUUCUGCUGCCACUGCUGCCAUACCUCACUCAUCAACCGCCAGUUCCUUCUCAAGGACGGCCGCCUGUUCUGCAGUACUUCCUGCCGCCAUGUAUAUGACACGGCGCCCCGGAACGCCUUCCCCCGGCCGCCGCUUCAUCAACACUGACAUCCGCCCGUAUUUGUAAUAAGACUUGAAAACAUUCUGCUGGCUAGAGUCCAUGUCACCAUUACCUCAUGAAUAAGCGGUCAUGUUUUUGUUAUGUCGCUUGCGAAGCAUGGCACAUGUGGGCACAUAUUGUCUGAUAUCGUCCGUGGCGUCAUAUUUGUAUGUCCUUUCUCUAAUGUAAUCAAGCAUCAAGUUGUUUUUUCUCGAUAUUUUACCAAACAUGGUUACAUUUUACAAUAUUCAUUCGCAUGUUAUAUCUCGACUGAAGUCGAUCGACAGCCAGAUGGCACUAUUAACUCUAGCUUAAUGACCUUGAAAUGGUCAAAAUUUAACCAAAUUUAUUUGUGUGUGCUUUGUAACUCGAACAUCUCUUUUUUAAAUAUAUAUCAAGUUUGGGGACAAUGAUUUUUGAAAUAAAAGCGCGACUCCGUUCGACCACUGUGACAACUAGAUCAUCCUAUUAAUUCUUGUGAUAUGGCCCUUGAAUUAUCAAUGUUCAAACAAAUUCACUUUGUCCGCUCUCUAACUUGAACAUCUUUUCUCUAAUCCUCACCAAACUUGAUUACAUUGUUUAAGGGAGGAAUAAUACUUAGAAUACUGAUUUCGGUUAACAGCCAGGUCACAUUUUCCACUCUUGAAUAGCCCUUGAAGUUCAUGUAUUAUGUUUGUUCAAGUUAAUUUGUCUGUCUCUAACUGGAGCAUUUAUCAAAUCCUUACCAAAUAGGAUGAUACUAUUAUUUUUUUAAAACAUCCAGCUGAUCGCAUAUUUUAUUCCGGAAUUAUGGCUUUAUAAAUGGUCAGAACUUUACCAAAUCCAUUUUAUCCGCCCUGUAACUUGAGCAGUUCUAAUCAUUUUCUUACCAAAUGUGGCCACAUUUUUUGUAUGCAUAGUUUCUCAACUGUUCACAAGAAACAAGCUCAUCCGAUUCACACUCUUCAUUCAGGUGUUACAGCUCUUAUUUUGACCAAAACUGAUUCACGUUGGAUGCUCCAUCAUUUCUUAUUCAAUCUUGACCAAACUUAAUAUAAAUCUAUAUAGGUAUUCUAAAGUAAACAAGUUUGAUCGCUGCCAAAUUGCAGCAUCAACUUUUGGGUUAUUGGUCGAAUUUGACACUACAUCAAAUGUUGAAGUACGUGUGACUCCAUGAAAUUCAAUAGUAAAACAUAUCGCUCUAAUUACACCAGUCCUACUCAUAGUUCGUAUAAUUGUAUGAUAAUGUUCAAUACCAAAAGAGGGUGCUUCAAGCUGGCAACAUAUUCAAUCCGCCGAAUUCUUGUAUCACAUGUAAUUUUCCAUUUUGUCAACUAUAAAUCAAGACAUUGCCUUGUUCUAUUUGUAGGUAAGAUUCUAGUAUUUAUUGUAUUAAUGACAUUAUUUAUAGAAAUAAAGACAAAAAGAUAA